GUAUGUUUGAACUAUAUAAUACACUAUUUCUCUCAAUUUAUUUUGGUACGGUUACAAAAACAUAACACGGUCGACUUGCACUAGGUUUAAAUCAAAAUGCAAACCAGUAUGAUUUUGUUUUUUGCCAUAAGCAUCAAUAUAAUAAGUCAUAGUUUCGAACUAUCAUCAGAAAAUUUAAAUACAAGCUCAACACCUCCACAAUCAAUCGACAAGUACUAUGAGAGUGAGAUGGAAAACCAACUUUUUAACAUAAAAAAAAACUCCAUUAGUAACAUGUGGAUAGGUCAUAUUAUUGCUACUCAAAUGGACGGAUUUGUGCCGUUUUUUUAUGAUAAUCCAAAGUUUACUGAGGAUGGACAAAUUUACAAAGGACACUUGAUCGAACAAGAUUCGUGGGCCGUUCAAAUGUAUGAUUAUUCGGCCAAAUAUCCCGGCGGCCAUUUGCCAGGCAUUUCAUACGAAAUUGGGUAUUAUAAUCAGUGUAUGAGAGCACAUUCGAAGAAGUUAAAUAUAUACAGUGUGUAUGUUUUACCAAAUGUUCAGUUUCAAAUUACUGAAGAAAAUAACAAUAUUUCUAAAACUGAUAACAAUUAUUCAAGGCAUACCCAAAAAAUUAAUAAGAUAAAUUGGGCAUUAUGUAUCCCGGACGCUUGUAACGCCAAAGACGUACAUAUAUCAAUGGAAGAAUUGUUGACGCAUAUAUUUAAACAAUCGAAUUUAACAAUCAAAGUUUCUGUUAAUCCAGCUCUAUACACAUCAAAAAGAACGUCUGAUGUAAAACACAUUGAUGUAUACCUCAUUCUUUUUUGCAUGAUUGCGGUACUGAUCUUAACGUUAAAUAUAGUUGGGACUAUGAACAUUAUAGGUGAACAAUAUGUUCAUUGAUCUAUUUUAAGAAAAUAUUUAACUGGCCUUUUGUAUCACAGCAAGCAAGGCAGAUGUAUUUAAAACACAAACAAAUAAUUAGUACUUUUGUCUUCAUCUGAUCUGAAUUUUUUUUUCGAUCGGUGUACCUAGUUAUAGCACAUAGAAUUUUCUAUGGUACAGUUGUUAAU